AUGGGUUUUGUCAUCGAAGGUAAAGAAGGAAAAGUCUUGAAAUUGAACAAGGCGUUGUAUGGUCUAAAGCAAGCACUGAGGGCAUGGAAUACUCGCAUUGACAAGUACUUCCAAGACAAUGGGUUUGUUCAUUGUCAAAAUGAGUAUGCUCUUUAUGUUAAAACUUUUAAUAAUGGUGAUGUCUUAUUUAUUUGUCUUUAUGUGGAUGACCUUAUCUUUACCGGCAAUAACCCAAAUUUGUUUGAAGACCUCAAGGAGUCCAUGUCUCGUGAAUUUGAUAUGACAGAUAUAGGACUCAUGUCAUAUUACUUGGGAAUGGAAGUGAAGCAAACGGAGAAUGGUAUCUUUGUCUCACAAGAAAGCUACACAAAAGAAGUGUUGAAGAAAUUUAAUAUGCUUGAUUGCAAUCCCGUGAACACUCCUAUGGAAGGUGGCUUGAAGUUAUCAAAGUUUGAUGAAGGAGAGAAGGUAGACUCCACAGUCUUCAAGAGUCUUGUGGGGAGUUUAAGGUAUCUAACCAAUACAAGGCCCGAUAUUCUAUAUGCGGUGGGAGUUGUGUGUCGCUUUACGGAGGCUCCUACAUCUCCUUAUCUAAAAGCCGCAAAAAGAAUUCUUCGUUACUUGAAAGGUACAAUUGAUUUUGGAUUGUUUUAUUCUCCCUCCAAUAACUAUAAGCUUGUGGGAUUUUGUGAUAGUGAUUUUGCCGGAGAUGUUGAUGAUAGAAAAAGUACUACCGGAUUUGUAUUUUUUAUGGGUGAUUGUGUUUUUACAUGGAGUUCUAAGAAGCAAGGCAUUGUGACACUUUCUACUUGUGAAGCCGAGUAUGUAGCUGCAACUUCUUGCACAUGUCAUGCCAUUUGGCUAAGAAGAUUGUUGGAGGAACUUCAGUUGUUGCAAAAGGAAAGCACAAAGAUCUAUGUUGAUAAUAGAUCUGCACAAGAGCUUGCCAAGAAUCCGGUGUUCCAUGAACGAUGUAAGCAUAUAGAUACAAGGUAUCAUUUCAUUAGAGAGUGCAUUACAAAGAAAGAAGUAGAAUUGACUCAUGUGGAAACUCAAGAUCAAGUUGCGGAUAUUUUCACCAAGCCUCUCAAAUUUGAAGAUUUUCGAAGAUUGCGAGCAAGACUUGGUGUGCAGAAGAAUUUUCCAAUUAAGGGAGGAUGUUAG